CAAAUGGAUCAGGUUAUUUUAAUUAGAUUCUAUAUUCAAAUAUAAGAGACAUUUAGACGAUAUACUAGAAUAGAUCUAGAUAUCUAGUACAAAAGGAACUAUCAGUAACAACUGACCAAUCUAAAACAAAGACACAGACUAACCAGAGCAACGAUGGAAGAAUCACAAAACUUUACCAUUGAUCUCAAAAACAUUUUGAGUACCAAAUUUUAAAGAUAGAAACUGAUGAACAAUCAUCAUCUGAAAAUCAAAUUUAUAAUUUCCAGAAGUAGAUGAAAUCAAAUAUUUUACUAUAGAUCUGAAUAAUAUAAAGCAGUAUGAAAAUAAUGAUGCAGAUAAACAUGAGCAAUGUCAAGAUCCAAUUCACAAUUUGUCAUUGAUGGAUGAGACUUGACUGUUGAUUCAAAUAAUAUAAUACCGGUACACUAUCAACUAAAUAAACCAGAACAUUUUGAAGAUAAAAUUCAUUGCAUACCAAUGAUGGAUGAAUUUGAUGAUAUAAGUACUAUAAUAAGUACUAUAAUACAAAAUGAAAUUAAUGAACGAGUGCAGUCUGAAGAUGAAACUCGUAGCAAUCCAAUGAUAAAGGAUUUAGAACAAGACGUUGGCUUAGGAAAUUUAGUACAAUAUGAAACAAAUAUAGGGGACAAACCAGACAAAUCUGAAAAUGAAACUCAUACUGUGGCCGGGAGCAAACUACAGCAAGGCUUAAGUGGCGGCCUAAGUAGUACAAUACAAUAUGAAAAGAGUGAAAGUAAUGUAUCAUUGCAAUCUGAAGUUGAAACUCAUAAGUUACCAGUGUUGGACAGAUUAAACCAACAACAAACUAUUGUUCCUGAUUGUUUAAUACGAUGUGAAAAGGAUAAACCGGAAGAGUCUGAAGGUGAAAUUCAGAAUUUGUCAGUGAUGAAUAAAUUGGACCAACUAGAAACUAUUGAUUCAAAUUGUAUAACAGAAUGCAAAAGUAAUGUUGUGGAUAAAUCUGAGGAAUCUGAAGAUGAAAAUCAUGAUUUGCCAGUGAUAGAAGAAUCGCAUGACUUAACUAUUGAUCUAAUUAAUAUUAUGAAAUAUGACAUAGAAGAAACGGAGGAACAAGAAUAUUUGGAAAGUCAAAGUCAUUCCUUAUCCUUGAAGGAAUCGAAACAUGACUUUACUUUUCUGUUAAGAAAUACGAUUAAAAAAGAAGUAGCAUCUUCUUCUAACCAUACUGAACUCAACAACGAUCCUCGUACUGCUGAUGGGAUUAUUAAAAACAAAGCUCAGGGAGAAUUAAAAAAUCAAAGCCUUACCAUGGAAAGUGAUGCAGGAAAAGAUUUAAUGUUUUCUAGUCAAAUCUCUACCAAUAGUUUAAUUUCUUUUGCUAACGGAAAGCCAUUUAAAUGUCAAGUUUGUUGUAGUAAGAUUACUUACCCUUUAGCUUUUGAAAAAAAAGUUAUUUAUUGUACUAAAGAAAGAUCAUCUUUGAAAUGUCACUUAUGUGAGAAACCAUUUAAAUGUCCAAUAUGCAAAAAAUCCAUUUCUUGCACUUCAAAUAAUCAUGUAAAAACCAAGAUCAUUCCAUCAACUUCUAAAGAACGAACUUUUCACUGUCACUUAUGUGAGGGAGAAAUGUCCGAUUGUUUGACACAUCCUUUUUGUGAUGUUCACGGAAGACUGGUGAAAUGUCACAUUUGUGAGAAUGGGUACUCCACGUUCACAAAAUUAAAACCGCACUAUGUUCAUACUGAUGAACAAACUCUUCAGUGUCACAUAUGUGACAAAAUUUUUUCUCAGAAUGUUCAUUUGAAGCAGCACCUUUUUGUUCACACUGGUAAAAAACCGUUCAAAUGUCUGAUAUGCCAGAAAGAGUUUCUUAGCUCCUGUGAACUAGAGGCUCACCAGCUGGUUCACACCGACGCGAAACCUUGGCAGUGUCCGAAAGAUUUUGCUUGCCUUUCUUCUUUGAAGGUGCGCCAGUUAGCUCGUAAAAGUGAAAAACGAUUUAAAUGCCACAUAUGUCAGAAAGGUUUCAUUCGCCGCUUCGACCUGAAACUACACCAGUUUAGUCACGGCGGUGAAAAACCCUUUAAGUGUCAGGUAUGUGAAAAAAGGUUUUCCCAUUCUGGAGCUUUAAAGCUGCACCGGAUUACACACACGGGUGAAAAACCUUUCAAAUGCCAAGUAUGUCAAAGAGGUUUUAGUCACCCUUCGGACUUAAAGAGGCACAAUUCUGUUCAUAGUGAUAAAAAACCUUUCAAAUGCCUAGUCUGUCCUAAAGAUUUUUCUCGGAUUCCGUAUUUAAGACAGCACCUGCUACGUCAUUCCCGUGACGAAAAUGCUCUUUGUCAAAUAUGUCAGAAGGGCCUUUCCGAAUGCCAGCAUAUGAAGCAAUAUGAGAAGGUUCGUACUUAUGUCAAACCAUUUCAAUGUCAGAUGUGUAAUAAAAGUUUUACUCAAGCUUCGGCGUUGAAGAAACAUGAACUUCUUCAUUCGACUGACAAACCACUGUCUCAGGAAAGUCUCACAGAGUCUUCAGCUUUGGAGAAACCUGGCUUUGUUCAUAGUGAAGACAAGCCAUUUAAAUGUAAAAUAUGCCAGAAAAGUUUUAAUUACUCUUCAGCCUUGAGAAAACAUAGCUUUGUUCACAGUGGCGAGAAACCAUUGAAAUGUGACAUUUGUCAGAAGGGCUUUCUUCAUCCUUCACUUCUGAAGAUGCACCGGGUGGUUCAUACAGGUGAAAAAAAUUUUAAGUGUCAAAUAUGUCAGAAAGCGUUCUCCACCCCUAGAAAUGUGAAAAUGCACAUGGCAACUCAUGAAAAUAAAAAACCAUUUAAAUGUCAAAUUUGCCAGAACGGGUACACUUUAUUGUCUUCCUUAAAGAAACACAUGUUUAUUCAUGGGGAGGAAAAAACUUUUAAAUGUCAAAUUUGUCCAAAAGCAUUUUACCGUUUAAGCAGUUUAAGAAACCACAAAUUGACUCAUUCAAAGAGUGAAAAACCAUUUAAAUGUCCAGUAUGUCAAAAAGGUUUUUUUCAUUCUAUAGAUUUAAAGAGGCACCAAUUCGUACAUACAGAUGACAAACCUUUCAAAUGCCAAAUAUGUCAGAAAGGUUUUGCUCGCUCGACAAAUUUGAAAAUCCACAUGUUAACACACACUGGUGAAAAACCAUUGCAGUGCCAGGUAUGCCAGAAAAAUUUUGCUCAUUCUUCUGCUUUGAAGAGACACCAGAGUGUUCAUACUGGUGAAAAACCUUUCAAAUGUCAAGUGUGCCAGAAAGGGUUUCUUAGCCUUUCUAAAUUAAAGAGGCACAAUCUUGUCCAUAGCAAUGAACAAAAAACUUAAAUAUCAUAAUUAAAGAUGCACAAUCUUGUUCAUAGCAAUAAACAAAACAUUUAAAUGCCAUAUCGGUAUUAGAUAAUUUCACCGAUAUGUGUGUUAACAGUAACUUAUCUCAUAAAUUAAAGAUGUUUCUUCAUAAAAGAAGAUAAUUAGGCCCUGCAUGUGUCCAUGUGUUAAUCUAGUCAUUCAUGUUCUUAACUAGAGACUUAAACUCGGCUAGGUCAUUGGUUUUCCUUCCUUAUUCGGGUAACCCGUUCCAUGUUCAAAUGUCACUUCUGAAAUAGGAGCACUUGUAUGAAUUGGUCCUUGCAUAUGUACUAGGAAAUGUGCCUUUAUCUUUGUGUCUUUCUUAGUAUUUUAUAUUAGUGUACCAGUAUUUAUAUGUUAUAAAAGUAAAGCUCUCCUUUCAGACCUUGUGAUAUAUAGUGCAGAUAAUGUAAAGUUAAUCUGUUUCUGUGGUCUACGGUUAAGGAGGGUGUCAUGUGGCCAAAACAACCAACUGCCUUUACUUUUUCCUCAACUAAUGUCAGGUACCCAUUACAGCUGGGUGGACUCAAGAGGCACCCAAAGAUCCCAAAAUUACAAAUUCCAGUCUUUACCAUGAUUCGAACCUGGGUCCCAUAGUUUGGAAGCCAAGCUCUUCAUCACUCAGCCACUGCGCCUCCAUUUAUGUUAUGGUUCGGUGUUUUAUGCACUAUUGAUGUCUAUUGCUACUUUGCACCUUUAACUAAAUGUUUUGUUUAUAAGCUUAUCACUCAGGUCACUUGGGGUAAGGUUGGGAGGUAUUGAUCCCCCCUCCAUUCCUCACUAUUUUAUUGUAUGACAUUAUGAGUGUGUCACUAAUGAAAACAUGAAUCUUAGAACUUUUAAAACUUUUUAUUGAAAGAAAAAAGUCUAUUUUAAUGUAGGAAAAUAUGCAAUCAUUGAAAUUUUUUUUUGUGGUUCUAUUUUUUGUUAUUGAUGCAUUGACUUUUUAUGACUUAUAAAAUUGUUUCAAUAUUGAUGUUGUUUUUUUUCUUUUGAAAUUAUUGAUAUAAAGAGAAUAAGCUACCAAGGUAUUUAAAAAAAAAUGUGUAAUAAAAUUAAUAAACUUUGAUUGAUAU